AUGGACACUUCCGUUAGCCGCGGGAUGCCCGUCAUCAGUGGGUUUACCUAUAAUGCUGAAUUGAAACGCAUUUUUGCCAGCAUAAAACCCCAGGUUAGGUUUUGCGUUAAAGGAUACGACACUUCGCUUCCUGAUGAUGAUAUAAAGAAGGCGUUGAUUAGUCAUUUCAACUCAUGUGGAGAAAUCUAUACUCUCGUGAUUUCCAGAGACCUUGUAACCGUAACCGAUGAUGUCGACAAAUCAUGCGCUUUUAUGGUGCUUCGCGGAGAAGGCGCAGAAGAGAAGGCGUUGGCGCUUAAUGGAAGUGACUUGGGAGGAUGGAAUGUCUCUGUUGUCAAGGUUGAAGAGAAACAGAAAACUCUUGAAGAAGUGGAAGCUUUUCAUGCCGUAUACUACGACAAGAACCGUCGCUUUGGCAUUUCCGUUACGGGAUUUGACACUUCUCUUCCUGAGGAUGAUCUCAAGACCGCUUUGAGACAAGAAUUCGCUUCAUGUGGAGAGAUUCUACAUGUUUAUAUCCCCACAGGCGACGGCGUAGCUUAUGUGUAUUUUUCCGAAGAAGAGGCAAUAGCUAGGGCGUUGGAACUUUAUGGACAUGGAUCUAGACGUAAAUUGUUUGGAGGAUUUCAGGCACAAGCUAGAGCGGUGGAACGUGCUGGAUGGAAACUAGUUGCUAUGCCCUUAACGAAUUAUGCAAUCCCUCCAAGCGUUGGUUCUCACUGUUUUGGCUACACUAUCCCACGUACGUAA